AUGGUCUCGCUUUCUCCCGCAAGCGGCAUCGACUACAAUGCCGCACCUCCCAACCUUUCGACAUUGACUAACAAUAGUAUCGUUGAGACAUGGCGCCCUCGCGCCCAUGUGCUUCCGCCCAGCUAUCACAUUGGCGACCCCUGCAUGCACUACACAGAUCCUCAAACCGGCCUCUUUCACGUGGGCUUCCUAUACACAUCCAACACGACGGGCGGCGCAGCAGGUGCAACCACAGGUGACCUGGUCACAUACCGAGACACCAACCCCGACAAUGUCCACUUCAUCGUUUCCGGAGGAAUCAAUGACCCCGUCGCUGUGUUCGACGGCUCUGUCAUUCCGAGCGGAAUCAACGGCACUCCGACCCUAUUGUACACCAGCGUCAGCUAUCUGCCAAUUCAAUGGACGAUUCCAUACAUCAAGGGAUCGGAGACUCAAUCUCUAGCCGUCAGCUACGAUGGUGGCGCCAACUUCACCAAAGUUGCUCAUGGCCCCAGCAUUCCCGGUGCUCCUUUCGGCGUCAACGUGACGGGCUUUAGGGAUCCUUAUGUAUUCCAAAGUCCGCAAAUGGACCGCUUGCUGGACAGCGCCCAGGAUUCUUGGUAUACCCUCGUCAGCGGCGGCGAGCAUGGUGUGGGGCCUGCAAUGUUCAUUUACCGCCAGUACGAUGUUGACUUUCGCGACUGGGAAUAUCUGGGGAAGAUGUGGUCGGAACCUGCUAACUCCACAUGGGGCGAUGGCACAUGGGCUGGUCGAUGGGGGUUCAAUUUCGAGGUUGCCAACGCCAUGUUUCUGGAUGAGGAAGGGUUCGACGUCGAGGGCGAGAUGUUCCUUACUCUAGGGGCCGAAUGGAGUUAUGAACCGAUCCAACCACAAGUGUCAGACGUGCGCAGCAUGUUGUGGGCUGCAGGCGAUACGAGGCUCAAUGAUCGUGGCCUCCCAGCCUUUCAGCCCUCCAUGGCGGGAUACCUAGACUGGGGCCGUUCAUCAUAUGCAGCAGCUGGUAAGCUGAUUCCGUCGACAGCAAAAGUCUCGCAAAAGAGUGGCGCCUCCGACCGAUUCGUCUCAUAUACCUGGCUUACCAACGACUUCUACGGAACCAAAGACUUUCCAAUCCGCCAGCAGGGAUGGGACGGUGCCCUGACAACUGCGCGGGAGCUGUUCCGUGCAGUGAUAUCAAACGUCAUCUAUAAUGACCUCGUACAGGAAAUUGCCUCUUGGAGGGUCUCACGGUUGAACACUGAUGGGACCGUGGAGCUUGCUACUCUUGGGCAACGAAUCGUGCGAGAGGCAUCGGACGCUUUCAAAACGAAGGCUAUGAAAGUUGUAUCUGAGCCAAACAGUACGAUAGGGGAUGGAGGACGCACCGAAUUGGAAUUUUCCGCCUCGCCUAGCUCGAAGCACUUUCUGUUGACGGCCACUUUAGAAUUCCCCUUCGCCGCAAGGGGCAUCGACAGCGACGUGAAAGCAGGCUUCACGAUCCUCUCCUCCGAGCACGAAUCAACUAAGAUAUACUACCAACUCUCCAACGAAUCCAUCAUCAUCGACCGCGGGAACUCCAGCGCUGCGGCGGCCACUACGCCAGGCAUCGACACGUCCAACGAAGCUGGCAAGCUCCGUCUCUUCGACCUCAAGGCGUCCAACGGUUCCGCAUACAUGGAACCUCUGCAUUUGAGCAUCGUUGUAGAUGGCGGCGUGGUCGAGGUCUACGCGAACGAGCGCUUCGUGUUGAGCACCUGGGUGUGGACUUGGUACGCUGCAUCGAACAAUGUUGCGUUUUACCACGAAGGCUCCUCGGCGGCAAAAUUCAGCGAUGUGAUGAUCUAUGAGGGUCUGGUUGAUGCGUGGCCGGGACGUAGCCGUGUGUCGAAUAGUUCGAGUGGAAUUUAA